AUGGGCUCUAGCCAUUAUUACUGCCUUCGCGAGCCGGCGCAUGAAAUACGGCUACUCGAUCUUCUUCCCGCAACUACUUCAGGGGAUCUAAACGGCCGUGUACGACGAUUCAGCAUAGGCAGUGCGCCUGCAUUCAUGUCCGUUUCACAUGUCUGGGGAGACAAGAAAGCAGACCGGACUAUGUCUCUUGAGUCAGGCUGUGGAGUCAAGAAUCUACCGAUUUCUCUCAACCUGGAAUCCUUUCUCGUCAACAUGCUCUGUCAUACAUCUGAAACCCUGCCACAAAUCUGGGAAGAUUCCGCUGAUGCGAGAUAUCUAUUCAAGAGCGAGUAUUUGCGUCGACUCAGUUCACAUCAUCCGGGCGACGAGAUCCCAUUUGAUCCUAUGGGCUGGGAUGCAAUUCGAGGCCUGCUUGGUUGCGAGUGGUUCCAUCGACGAUGGGUGAUUCAAGAAUCUGUGCUCCAAAAGACCGCCAUUUUUCUUUGUGGGCCAGACUCAAUCUCCAUGGAUGAUGUGUUCCGGGGCAUUGACAUGGCUGUUAAGUCGUUACUUGCUCGACCACGACCGAUGAAAAAGCUCAAGCGUGGCAACACGGGCGAAGUCUAUUCGUUACUAGGUGUUUGUAACUCUCGGGAGGCUGAUGCAACUUCGGUUCGAUACGACCUCGAGCCUGAGGAGGUCUACAAGCGUUCAGCUAUUUUGCACGCAGAUAUACACGGUAACUUGGAGUUUCUUGGCCUCUGUGCCCCUGAGCAACGCAAUACCCUCUGCUCUGGAUCACCUGGAAACCCAGUUUUGCGUCCUUUCGCAGGCCCUUCUUGGGUGCCGAACUGGCACUCACAGAGGCUAAGACGUUGCCUGGGUCUCAGUCAUUUCGACCACGAGGAGAGCUUUUUUAAUGCCUCUGAAGCAAUUCCUUUCAGCCCUUCAUUUGAGGGAGAGCAGUUGACGGUCUCGGCAGUCUUGAUUGAUAAGAUCAGUUCAAUAGCUGAUUUCUGUCCUCGUGAUAGAGCCCCAGAUUUCUCGGAUGCCAACUCAAAACUAUACCAGCAGUAUCUGGAUUUCUGGAUGACUCCAGCGGAUGAACCUGAACCGUAUUCAGAUGCCGUCAGUCGGGCAGAAGCCUUCAUCCGAACUUUGAGUCUAGAUGGGAUUUACCUAGAGCCCGUACCCUCACCGGAUGAUAUUCCAACAAUCUUCUACAACUGGUGCAGUGGCUCAGCAUUGUGUAAGCGGCUCGAAACGUACGGAUUCAAGCCCAAAAGCAGUGGCACGGGACAGGGACAAAAGGCAUUUAUCAGAAUGAAGCGUUUGGUAUCCUGGGAUCCAUUCAUCACUUCCAAGGGUUACAUGGGCCUUGGUCGGGAGGGUGCUGCGAUUGGAGAUAAGGUUUGGAUCAUUGGGGGCUGCAGUACCCCCGUUUUGCUGUCCCCUAGCACCGAUGGGCCGCUCCGAUAUGAAGUAAAAGGGGAGAUUUUCCUUGAUGGGUUCAUGUUCAAGGGGCAGUUCGCGGAAUCAAGCCACCAGGACUCGAAAGUUGAGCGAAUCGUUCUAGUAUAG